AAUUCGAAUUUAACUGUGAAAUUUAGUUUAGAAAAAGUGUGCAUCCAAUAUUUCUGUCAGUGAAGACUCGGAAAUGCUCAACGCUGGAAGAAUUGUUCAGAGUGAUAUCCUUUGAUUCUGAGGAUUUAGUGACUUUUUGUGUGAAGUUUUUAUUUAUUUUUUAUUUCAGUUUUAAACUUUCUUGGAUCUACUGUAUUUUUUAGAAAAUUAAAAGAUGACGGUGGCGACAGAGCCAUCGAAGGCAGAGGAGGGUGGAGAGCGGCGACCAAAAAUAGAAUCUUUUGAUGAUAUUUUGCCUUAUGUUGGCGAAGCAGGUCGGUACCAAUGGCUGCUUUUCAUCAUCCUUCUGCCCUUCACCUUCGUCUACGCCUUCCUCUAUUUUGCCCAAUUUUUCAUCACCCUUGUGCCCGAGGAACAUUGGUGCAAAAUUCCUGAACUUGACGGAUGGAACAUCACGGAUGAGCAGAAAACGUCUCUGUGGAUUCCAAAGGCCGAAAAUGAUGAAAUUAAGUUGAACAAUAUUCCAUUUUCAAGAUGUAAGAUGUACGUUGUAAAUUAUACAGAAGUUCUUCUUUCUGGAAUACAACAAGCUGAUCCAGCUUGGCCCAAAGGACCCUGCCAAAAUGGAUGGACUUUUAAUUUCACGAUGAUACCCUAUGCUUCGAUCGCUGCUGAGUUGGAAUGGGUUUGUGAGAAUACUUACCUUGGAUCAGCGGCCCAAUCUGCCUUUUUUGUGGGCAGUAUCGUGGGGGGCCUUAUAUUCGGUUACAUCGCCGAUCAUUAUGGCCGAAUUCCAGCUUUGGUUUCUUGUAAUGCAGUUGGAUUUUUUGCAUCGAUAGCAACUGCAUUUUGCAACAGCUUUUUAUCAUUUGCAAUUUGCAGGCUGAUCGUUGGAACUUCUUUUGAUAAUUGUUUCAACAUCUUAUUCAUCGUAGUCAUCGAAUAUGUUGGACCAAGGUAUAGAACCUUGGUAGCAAAUAUGUCUUUUGGAAUAUAUUUUGCUGCAGCAGCUGGUCUCUUACCCUGGAUUGCAUAUUGGAUAGCAGACUGGAGAAUAUUGAGUGUAGUCACUGCUGUUCCAUUGGUCACUGCCUUUUUAGGACCAUGGAUAGUUCCAGAAAGUGCGAGAUGGUACAUCACAGUGGGAAAGGUUGACAAAUCAAUAGAAAUGUUACAAAAAUUCGCGAAAGUAAAUGGCAAGACUGUAGAACAAGAGGUUUUUGAUGAGUAUGAGAAAAGCUGUGUUAAUAUGAUGCAGAACGACAAACAACAUAAUAAAUACACAGUUCUAGAUCUCUUCAAGUUACCCCGAUUAGGAAGAAUCACAGUGAUGCUCGUUAUUUAUUGGCUUUUAAUAAUUUUAGUUUUCGACGGCCACGUAUGGAAUAUGAAAUUACUCCAUCCGGAUGUUUUUACAUCCUUUUCUCUGGCUUCCAUGACGGAACUUCCGGCUGCAAUACUGCUUGCCUUAUUCCUGGACAGGUGGGGUCGAAGGUGGAUGGGAUUUUUUUCUAUGUUGAUAUGCGGAAUAUUCUCUUUUAUUGCCGUCGCCAUGCCUGAAGGUCCCGCUACAGUGGCGAUGGCAAUUUUGGCUCGACUUGGUGUGAAUAUUGCUGCCAACAUCGGUUUCCAAUAUGCGGCUGAAAUGCUGCCGACAGUCGUUCGUGCACAGGGUGUAUCUCUCAUCCACAUCAUUGGUUAUUUUGCACACAUCAUUGGCCCCUACGUCAUUUACCUGGCUGAAAUUGCGGAGGAACUACCACUUAUAACUUUGGGUGUCUUGGCUAUAAUAGACGCUCUUAUAACUCUUGGAUUGCCUGAAACUUUGGAUCAGGAUCUUCCAGAAUCUCUCCAGGAGGGUAAUGACUUUGGCAAAGAACAAAGCUUCUGGUGGUUCCCUUGCAUACAAUCGUCUCAAAUAAAAAAGAAGAAAUACAGGAAAAAGUUGGGAGCCACAAAUGCAGGUUUCAAUCCAGGAAGUCUAACGAGGAUCGAUUCCACCCGAUUGUAGCGAAGUAAAAGCGUCAAGAUUUUUACGAAUAUUUGUAAAUAGUCCCUCAACGCUCAUGUGAUUUACAUAGACGUUAAGUCGAGAGAACCUGAACUGAGUGACCACUAUUUUCCUAAAGUAUUGCCAACUUUUAUAUUUCGAAAAAUAUUUUGUGAUCGAUUUUUCGUGCCGUUCUCUAGAUUAUUCUCUUGAGAUUUUAACGGCUCUUGCCUUUCCAAUCAAUAACUCAUAAUCAGUAAUUUUUAUAAUAAAAAUAGAAAUAAGAAUCAUUAUUUUCAGUUAGAAGCCAUCCAUAAGUUACGUAACAAUUUUUGGGGGAGGGUUUAUAAUUUUGU